UUCAGUUGAAUACGGUACGAGUGACGGCAAGGACGCGAGCUGCGGCAAAUUAUUUGUGUUUCCCGCUUAAUCCUUAGCGUAUCCGUUCACGUUGGCAUGUUCGUGUUUCGGCUAAAGCAGCAGGCGUGAAAUGAAACAUUAGUGGCGAGUCCUUAUUAUUUUUUACCUCAAUUAAAGUUCACAUAAAUUGCAUGUCAGGUGGCAAAAAAGUGCAUGUCGCUGUCGUUAAACUGCAAAAGAGAAUUGAGUAAAGCGCGAAAUGAGAAUUGAGAAAACUUUGAAUGACUUGAAGCUGAAUUUAAUGAGGCCGUUGCAGUCCAUAGCACAUGAGACUAAAGAUUUGAGAGAGCGAGUACGAGAGCAAGACCAAGUCAUGCCUAUCGAAUUGAGCCAACUUAUAAAUGGCAACAUGGGCCAAGUUUAUGCGAAAAGUUGCAGAAAGUAAUAAGGAAACGGAAAAACAGAGAAAAACAAACCGAAACCAAAGAACAAUGCAAGAAGCUGUGUAAAUGAGAAGAAGCAGCAGCAACAAGAGAAGCAACAGUCGUAAACAAAGGCAUCAAAAGACUAAGCCAAGAAACUAUCAGUGAAACGGAAAGAGGAAAAACGCUUAAAUCAGCAAAAAGAAAAUACACACUCAAACAAACACACAUACAGCUUAUAAAGGAUCACAUAACGGAGAACCGAAAAAAAGAGUCACAGGAAACUUCUACAGUGCACAAAAGGAGGCGUCAUCAUCAUCAUCAUCAUCAGCAUCUGCAAGGGCAUCGUCAUCGUCAUCAUUAUCGUUUCAUAAAGGAUUAUAUAUUAUGUUGUAAACAUGAAAUACACAAACGAUAUACGCAUCAUUGUGCUGCUCAUUUGCUCUCUGCUGCAAGGUCUGGCUGUAGGCCUGCGCAUGAUCAAGGUCUCCAUACCCGCCUACAAAUUGCGCGGCGAGUCCGCAUUCCUCGAGUGCCAAUACGAACUGAAUCGCACCCAUCAUCACUCAGUGAGUCAUGGUCAUACACAUCAUCAUCCCGAUCGCAAUCAGGAUCAUGGCAGUGAUUUCAACUAUGUAGACGCCGAAUCCUUAGAUGAGGAGAGUAGAAAGGCAGCGAUCCGUGGAAGAAUGCGUUUACCGCGUCCGCACAGUCAGCGACGCCAGCAGCCCAUGGCAAUGAGGCAAUAUCAGGAGCCCAUGAAAUAUCAAAGCCAGAGUCAAGCUCAGAUGCCACCCCAACAAUCGCCCUAUGGGCACAGUGUCUAUCGGGGAAGUGCAGCCUCUGGCUAUUUGGGGGCCCAAGUCGGGGCCAGCACGCACAAUGGUGGAUUCAAUGCCAACUCCAAUUUCAAUUCCAACAUGGGCUCUGUCUCCUAUGUGCCCAGCUUUGAGCGCGAGGAUAGUUUUGAUGACAGCGCCAACGAAGAAGACGAAGAAGAGGAGCAGCAGCCAUUGGAGGAGGGCGAGUCGCUUUAUGCCAUCAAAUGGUACAAGGACAACGAGGAAUUCUAUCGCUAUGUGCCAAAGGCGCGUCCGCCCAAGACCAGCUAUCGUGUGGAUGGAGUGCGAGUGAUUGAGGAACUCUCUGAUGCUAGUCGCGUCCUGCUGCGUGGCCUGACUCUAAACUCCACGGGUCUCUAUCGCUGCGAGGUAUCCGCCGAAGCGCCUAACUUUUCAUCUGUUCAGGGCGAGGGACGAUUGGAUAUUGUCUUUCUACCACGCGAUGGCCCCCACAUCAGGGGACAGCAAUAUCAGUAUCAAAUUGGUGAAAAUUUAUAUUUAAAUUGUACAUCGGGGAAAUCGCAUCCAGCCUCCCAUUUGCAGUGGUUCGUCAAUGAACAGCCGAUUCUGGACGAACGCUACCUAUACAAAUACAACGACAUUGUGCACAAACACGGGCUAAUCACCUCGACAUUGGGCCUACAGUUGCCUCUGGAGUCGCGACACUUUCACGAUGGCGACAUGCGAGUCAAGUGUCUAGCCAGUAUAUCACCCGUAUUAUGGAAGGGCGGCAAGGAGAGUGUCCUUCAACGACGACCGGGUAUCAUCGACAAUCGCGAGGCAAUGCUGCUGGUUCGGAGUGCAGCUGGCCAUUCACAGAGUACACUAUUACGUUCGCUCACCAUAACGAUUAUUCUGGCGCGGGCUAGCCAAUGGCUAUUGGGCUCAGAACUUACCUAAGCUGCUGCUGGUUUAGAUGUUAGAUCAAUUAAUGGACACGUAUUCGUUUUCAAUUCAAUUCAAUUCAAUUGCAAUUGCAGAGCAUAAACGGUGAUUUUGUAUACUUUAAGUGUAAAAUGUUUAGUUGAUAAGUUAAGAUGAAACGAGAUGGCCGAGUUCCCGAUUGCCAACCGCAUUCAAAGCAUGAUGGCAUUCAAUCAAACAAAAAAAAUAAAACAAAAAUGAAGCGAAAGGCAAACGAAAUUGGCUAAAUGUGUUAUAGCAUGUAAAAAACAAACAACCACAGAUAAACCAAACUGCAAAAAUAUAUACAUACAUACAUAUAUACUUCAUUUCAGAUUUAGAGAUACAUCCCGACACUCAAGCAUUAGAAAAAUGUGGUGAAUUUAGUGAAAAUAAAUCAUUUUCCCCUUCAAUCUGGCAAAAGUUGAAACCACUUUCGUCCUUGUAUGGGAAUGUGAGUUCUUUUUUCUGGCUUUCAAUGUGUGACCAAAAACUGAAAUUCAAUUAGCAAAUUUGUUGAGCGACAAAAUCUUAAUGCCAAUCCUGCUCUCUUCACUCCAAAUGAAAGCCAUCUAUUCAUCCAGUUGUGCGUAAGUUCAGUGUGUAAACAAACAUAUAAAAAAUAGUAGUGCAAAAAUGUUCAAAAAGAAAACCUUCUGAUGUCAACUCUGAUGGCAUUUCAAUUAGAAACAAAAAAACAAAAAGCAUUUCAAUCAACAAAUACAUCAAUUACAUUUGUUUUUUGGGUAUUUUUUGUAAUUCAAUUGGCCAGGAAUACCUUUAUUACAUCUGGCAAUAGUGUAAUUGGUUUAGAAUCGAAUCCAAUCCCCUCAUUGUA